CGAAAUGCACAGAGUAAACUAUCAUAAAUUUAAACGUAGUGCUAAUUGGAAGUACGUGUAAUUAAAAAAUGAACUACGAGUAGCAUAUUGAGAUGUUUGUUACCUGUUUCAGCUGAUUAGUUGGACGUUCGUGUGUUAAAUAUUCGUUUGACGAGAAUUAUAUCGACGCUGAAAUUAGGUAAGCUGAAUUUAGAAACACCUAUGAGUAGCUUGCACGUACCUACGAGUAAACCAAGAUUGUUUCGAAAAUUAAUUACCUGUCGGUUGUUUUACAGUAGUAAGACGUAUUGGAUCGUGACUGGCAAAUUCAAGUAGCUAGAAGUGAUCUUCUAAUUAGACAUAGUUAUUGACGAUACGAUGAACGACGCGAACGAAAGAGAAGACGUACCGAGACGAGCGUUUGUUUGGGAUGAUAGUAACAGCAGCACAUCCGAAAGCGAAGAGGAAGAUGACGCAACGCAUUACCGCGUUUUCCGCUGCCAGCUAUGCGGACAGGCCAUUGGGGAAGGCUCGAGAAGCAAAAAAUCGAAUUCCAGAGCCCUCGCCUUGCCAUGCGGACAUCAGUUGCACAAAAAAUGCAUGAAAAAGCAUAAUGUCGAGGUGCCGGGUGAUUGUCCGGUGGUCCGGUGUAAAAAAUCCGGUAAAGUCGAUCCGGCCACAUGGGUAAAAUUACGAGGUGGCACGACGGAGAUUUCGAGACGGGCCAACGAAGAUAACGAGUCGCUGCGGGAAAGAUUGCGGGAUGCGGAACGACAGGUACAAACGCUGAUCGAGCAAAACGAGUCGCUCAUGAGAAAUACGCCGAGAACUGAGUUGGAGCUACGAGAACGCGAGCUGAAAAUCGCAAUCGACGAAGCGGUGCGUCUGCGUAAAGAAUUAGACGAGCUGCAGGCUACCGCUACUGCACUUGCUGAUCGGAAUCGGGUCCUCCUACUAGCGCAUGAAGGCAAGGAAGAACCGACGCCAGAGGAGCUGGUGGAAGACGCCUACGCGAUCGAGAAAGAAAAACGAGACUUUGACGUGCGAUUCGAUGCUGAAAACAGAGCAAUUCGAGAUAGGCGUUACCAACAGUUCGAAGAAGCGUUACGCGAAAACGACACGAGUUUCGAACAGGCAUUAAGCGCAAUAAGUCGAGCGCGCAGCUUCAAUCAUAUUGAAGAUCACCGCGUCAUGAUGCUGUUGGACCUAGAUCGCCAAGCAGAGGAGCGUGAGAUUACCUUGACUGAGAUACUCGAUGGUUUGGACGUUGUGCCGGUGUUAGGAGGUAAGCGUCGGCAAAUAUAG